AUGUCGAGCUCAAAUUCACACUCGAGUAUCUUUAGCAAUUCGUCUGUUAGUAGUCCGUGUGAAAUUGAAUUUGAGCGCGUUAAAACCGAAUAUUUUGAAGCCAGUCAUGGCGGCCAUGUGGAUGGCAAUUCAGACGAACAAGAGGCUUCCUUGGAUGAACCGAUUGCUGAUGAAGCUUGGCUAGAAGAAUAUCCUUUCAUUGUCUUCCUCUCGCUUUCGAUGAUGAGAGAUUUAAGACAGCCACACCACCACCUCUCAUAUUAACCCUGUCAUUCCUUAUUACACUGAAGCCUGGUAUGCCCGGAAAAUGUAGUGCUUCGUCUGGGAUAACAUCGGAAAGCCAAGUUUCGGACACCAUUACUAUGUCUGAUUUUUGAUUGUGAAUAACAAGAGCCAGUUCGUCAGUUUUUGUUAAAAUAGAUCUCGCAUUAAGAGACAAGAUAUUAGGUAACACUUGUUUAGUCUUAACUGAUUUAAGUCUAGGAAUAUUGAGCAAAUAUAUUGAGGCUCAUGAUUUCUUUAACUAUAGCCAUAACAGAUACUUUACUAGCCAUUAUAAUGUUCACUGCCGUCAUUAUAAUGAGGUAAAUUAAGAAUUUUUUAUAUCAAACUGUUUCAGGACCUCCUCCGCCUCCGGCUGGACUUAAAGAGACUGGUAAAACAGAUAACAGUAUUGACAUCAGUUGGGUGAAAGCAAAAGGCCACAGCGCAUUCGUCAUAAAUGGGUACAUGGUUGGUCACAAGACCGGCGUGGAGACACAUUACAAGAAUCAGAAUAUUUCGGCGACAUCGGGGAUGUUAAAUAUGGUAUUAAUUGGUCUCGGGAGUGAUACAAUUUACGAGAUUACAGUUCAUGCUUAUAACGAUGAUGGUGACGGGGAUAAACUUAAAACACAAGUCACAACGGAAAAAUCUGAUGGUUCAAGUAAGUGUUCUGGAUGUUUAAAAACCAAAUUUUCAACCUCGUACCUAGGGUAUUUGCUCUUGGGGAGCGAAAUACCCUGGUAUGGCCUGGUCAUAUGACCCGCGGAUUUUGCGUAAAAUGGCGUAUUGUUUUCAAGGGUCGGGGGAGUGUGUACACAUUGUCACUCCUAUAGUAAUUAAAAUUUAAAAGCGUGAUAUAAUUACUAGGAGUGACAAUGUAUACUCACUCCCCCGGCCCUAGUAAACAAUACGCCAUUUUACGCAAAAUCCGCGGGUCACGUGACCAGGCCAUACCAGGGUAUUUUGCUCCCCAAGAGCAAAUACCCUGGGUACGAGGUUGCCUAAAUUUAAGAAAAUUAUGUUGGACUGGUCAAUUGCAUGUAUGCAUGACACAAGCGGAAGAGAUAAAUCGGAAAAGAUACAAGGGUCAUUGUUUUCUUGUAGAAAGAUUAGAUUACAAACUUUCUGCAAUAAAUUUAUAGAGAGUUUAAAAUAUGACAAAUUCAGUACGAGAACAUUAAUAAAAACACAUUCUAAAUUCACAGUGUCAGCAAUAGGGGUAAUUGUUUUGUCAACAAAGACAGAUCACGUGAAAACAUCUUUAAACUGGAAGCAAAUUCAAAAGUGGAGCAUAAGUAACUGUUGGAAAACAGUCUGCGUAUUAGAUUACGAACAUCAUAAGUUCCCUAUUUUCCUCUUUACAAAAAAGAACAGUUUAGGUUGAUUAAGAGACCAGAAGUGAAUGGGACGAGUCUAAAGACGAGUGUCCCACAUCACAACAUUUCGUAUACAUUCCAAUAUCCCUGCUAUGCGUAUAUUAACCUUUAAAGGAAACGGCACUUUUUGGUGCUAAUACUCUCAUAUUUUGGGUAUGGAAAUAUUUCUUUUUUAUCAUGACGCCAAUCACAACACUAACCCUAUUGGACCCGAAACAAGAUGAUAUAACCAAUUUCGUCUUUCGACCAUAUAAGCGCGUCGCCAUAUUCUUUAAUGAUUUGGCUUUUGCAAAUAUCUUUUUUCUAACUAGCUUCCAAGAUUCAGUGAGCAUUCGUACUUUCGCUUUUAUGUAAAAACUCUUUGUCACCCAAUGAGUGGAUGACCAUUUCACAAUUGACUGUUUGCGAAUUAAAAGCAGUGAAACUUUUAAUUAAAUAAUAUUUUGGAUUAAUUUUAAUGAUUUGAAAUUAUUUUCCCAGCUACGGUGGUUAUUGUUGUUGUUGUUGUUGUUGUUGUCAUCGUGAUCGUGGUACUUCUUUUCGUUGCCAUGGUAGUUUUCUUUCAACUCAGGAAACGAAGACAUCGUCAAGAGGUAUGUGGGAAAUUCUUAUGGAGUUCCAACUCAAGCAGAUAAACACUGAAGGCUUUAAUGAGAAAAUGAAAACUUGAUUUAUUGAUCACUUUGCUAAAUACUCAAACAAAAUCAUCGUAUACUAGUGAUCAUGUAUGGAAGAAUGGAGAAUUUGCCACUAAUCUGGGGAUAAAAAUUGAUUGAAAAGUUAUUGUACUGCAAAUAAACCCGGGAAACCGCCUUCGGAGAAACCAUUUGCGUUCGAUUUUGGCUGAUUUUAAUCUUUCCUGGGGUUACAUUUUCCGAUGAAUCGUCUAUUUUCCUUAGCGGUGAGGAUUUGGGGGAGGGAGUUUUGGUUCUCAUAUAUGGCAAUUUAUUACAUCAGAUUCUUCAUUAUAAAAUGUAUUUAAAAUUUGAUGGGUUUCAGGUUUCUAAUUUGUAGCAAUGUUAAACUAUACGUACAUGGUUUAUUUUCUUCACUGGUGAACGAUAGGUUGCGCUGUUUAGCUUUCCUUUACGAAUCGAUAUUUUAUACAGAAUAUACCUAUUCUAAAAUAAAAAACAAGUUAUAAUCAUAUACCAAUUGUAAAAUAAAAAAUAAAAUAUACUGGAAAAACGAGCAGCUUGGAACCAUUAUAAUAAUGUAAUCGGUGAAAACUGUAACGGAAAAUAUAUUAUUAUAUGUUGUUGCAAAUUUACUGUUAAAUUUUGUAUGUUAUAUGUAAAUAAAAAAAAUAAAUUAAAAUAUAGAGAUCGUUAAAUAAAAAAAAUAUAGACUAGCACAAGUUUAGUUAGGAAUAAUAAUUUACUAUUUGUAUUGCCCACUUUUUGUCAAAUUUACUUCAAAAUAGUACUUGCUAGGUAUGAAAACUUAUUUCCAAAGCAGAGCGCAUGUGAUACUUGCUAAUGCUAAUGAUAACCCCCCCCCCCCAACCCCCCCCCAAAAAAAAAAACCCGACUGUUUAGUAGCUUGUAACAAAUGGGGGAGGGGAGAAAAAGAAAUGGCAGUAUAUACUGCAUUUAGGGCAUAGGGAUUGUUGUCGCACUGACAAUUUAUACUGCUUAAUGUGACCGCAAAUUAUUUUGCCCGUGGAAAAUAGGGCAAAAUAACGAUUUAUAACAUUUUUUGUUUCAGACUCGGCAAGCAGCAUAUGCAAAACGUCCAAAAGGAGGUCCCGUGACCAUGGGUUUAAC